GGAACUGCUGCUGAGCGCGGUGAGCCCGGCCUCCGGGAACUGAGAGGCGGCAGCACCGGCGCCCGCAUCCUCGUCCGCCGCUUGCCGGGCGCGGAGGGGACGUGCCGGGGCGAGCGCCUCUGGGCAACUGCUUCCGAGGCGGAAGGACCACACCGGCGUCGCGGCUUCUGUGCAGCGGGCGCUCGGGGGCCGGGGCUGCCCGGCCCGGCCGGUUCUGCGGGCGCCCGGGAGGCCCCCGGGGAGCCCGCGAAGCGAGGCCGCUGCGAGGCGUGGAUGAAGGAGGAUGACAGUGAAGUUGGGAGACGGCGGCGGCGGGGAGGACGGGCUCAAGCGGCUGGGCAAGCGGGCGGCCGACGACGACUCGCUGGAGGGCGAGGGGCCCGGCGGCGGGGACGCGGCCGACGAGAGCGGUGGCACAAAGAGGGACGCCAGGACCCCCCGGGACGGCGGCGACGGCCCCCCGGCGCCCGCGGGCGGCCCGCAGGCCCCGUCCCCGCCGCCCGCCUGCCCGCAGGACCAGCACCACUUCCUCCGGUCCAGCGUGAGGCCGCAGAGCAAGAGGCUCAGGAAGGACUCGUCGUGCGCCGGGGGGAGCGGCGGCGCUGGCGGCUCGGGGCCGCGCGGCAAAGGAGCUGACGGUGGCGGAUCAUCAUCUGGAAAUGGGUCUGGGGCUGCUCCCACCGCUCCCGCGGGGGGCUCUCGCUCCUCUUCCCGGAACCUGGGGUCGUCGAGCGGCGAGAAGGAAGAAGGCAAGAAGGCCCGGAGGCAGUGGGAAUCAUGGAGCACGGAGGACAAGAACACUUUCUUCGAGGGGCUGUACGAGCAUGGGAAAGACUUCGAAGCCAUUCAGAACAACAUUGCCCUCAAGUACAAGAAGAAAGGCAAGCCCGCGAGCAUGGUGAAGAACAAAGAGCAGGUCCGGCAUUUCUACUACCGCACGUGGCACAAGAUCACCAAGUACAUUGACUUUGAUAAUGUGUUUUCCCGUGGGCUGAAGAAAUCAUCCCAGGAGCUGUACGGUCUGAUCUGCUACGGCGAGCUGCGGAAGAAGGUCGGGGGCUGUAUGGACGACAAGAACGCCACGAAGUUGAAUGAGCUCAUUCAGGCCGGGGCCACCACCGUGCGCUACAAAGGGAGGAACCUGCGGAUCAAGGCACCCAUGUGCCGCGCGCUGAAGAGGCUCUGCGACCCGGACGGCUUGAGCGACGAAGAGGACCAGAAGCCCGUGCGCCUGCCGCUGAAGGUCCCCGUCGAGCUGCAGCCGAGGAACAACCACGCCUGGGCCCGCGUGCAGAGCCUGGCCCAGAACCCGAGGCUCAGGAUGAUAGUGGAGCUCCACCGGAAGGUCUCCAGCCUCAUCGAGUUCUUGAAACAGAAGUGGGCGCUCCACGAAGUGCGGAUCCGGAAGACGCUCGAGGACCGGCAGCUGCAGCACUCGCUUACGGAGCCGUUGCAGGAGAAGGUGGCGCUGCACCUGUUCCCAGGGGAGAGCUGCACGCUGACGCCGCUGCCAGGAGUGGCCCGCGUCGUGCACUCCAAGGCCUUCUGCACCGUGCACUGGCAGGAGGGCGGCCGGUGCAAGCAGAGCUCCAAGGAUGCCCACACGUUGCCUCCCGCCCAGAUCCUGGGCAUCCAGAGUGGGCAGGGCACGGCCAGGGGCCAGGUGAAGUGUCCACGAGGCGGCGCUGAGGGCAAGGGCCCGGGACGUCCUCCUCCUUCCACCGACGCCUCCCAGAGCUCUGGAGAGAGCUCCCCUGAAAGUGCCCCUGGGGAGGGGGCCCCCCCGAGCCUCAGCAGCCUAGACACUCCUGACAGGCUGCCCCCGGGGCUUCAGGAUGCCGGGGCACGGCUUGAGAAGACCCCCACGGCUGCUCCCGCAGAGGGCAGGGACGGCCCUGCCCGAGAGCCCGGGGAUGGGACGUGUGCCUGUGGCCAGCUGCCGGAGCUAGAGGAGGAGCUCUCACUCCUUGACCCCUUCCCGCGCUACAUGAAGUCUUGUCAGGACCUCAUCAUCCCCGAGCAGUGCCGCUGUGCGGACCUGCGGCCCUACGGGUGUGCCUCCCCAGAGACUCGCUUCCCCGGCGGGGCAGAGGUGGCCGACCUCACCCGGGCUGGGCCACCGUCCCCUGUCCGUGCCCCGCCGGCUCCAGAGCCUCAGCCCGGCCCCGGGCUCCAGCCAGAUGUUUGCACUAAAGACUCAGCAGAUGCACCUGCAGAGGAGCCCCAGGAGAAGGCGAGCCCCUCGGAACCCCCGCCUCAGGGCCAGCCUGCCACCAAGCCUCCGAAGGAUGUCCCCGCCAGCCGGCUGGCCCAGCAGCUGCGCGAGGAGGGCUGGAACCUGCAGACCUCUGAAAGCCUUACGCUGGCCGAAGUCUACCUCAUGAUGGGCAAGCCAAACAAGCUGCAGCUCGAGUACGACUGGCUGGCGGUGCUGGGCCCCGAGGGCCAGGCCCCCAGCGAGCAGGCCCAGGGCUCCCGCACUGGCUCCCCGCCCUCCACCUUCCACAAGCAGCGUCUCCUCGGCUGCCUCCUGAAGCUUAUCUCCACGGAGGUCAACCCCAGGCUGGCUCCAGAAGGGAACACCAGCUCCACGGCUUCAGUGAGGCCAGCCCAGGAGGAGCAGUCGGCGACCCCCCCGGGGAAGGUGGUGACCGUCAGCUCCCGGAGCCCCCGCUGCCCACGCAGCCAGUCCGCCCUCCGCAACAGCAAGACCUUCUCGCCCGGCUCCACGCCUUGCUCCUCAGGUCUGAGGAACCCGCCGAGACCCCUCCUGGUGGCGGGCCCCUCCAGCACAGGCAGCGGCGACUCCGACGGUGGCCUUUUUGCUGUCCCAACUACUCUCCCGCCCAACAGUCGUCACGGGAAGCUCCACUCGCCCAGUAAAGAGGCGGAGCUGACUUUCCGGCCGCACCUGAACUCCAUCAGCAUGCAGUCGGACUUCUUCCUGCCGAAGCCCAGGAAGCUACGGAACCGGCACCUGCGGAAGCCGCUGGUGGUCCAGAGAACGCUGCUUCCUCGGCCGUCUGAGCACCAGUCCCACAAUGUCUGUUCCUUCUCCAUCCUGUCCAAUUCCUCUGUGACCGGGAGAGGCUCAUUCCGGCCCAUCCAGUCUUCCCUGACCAAAGCUGCCCUGUCUCGGCCGAUUGUGCCCAAGGCCCUUCCACCCCAGGCCACGGGCCACCUGGCCAGUGCUGUCGACUUAGCCGCUAAAAGCGCCGGCAUCAUCCCCGGGAGCCCCCUCCCCGUCUUGGACACUGAGGGCCUGUCUGGUAUCUCUCCACUGUCUUCGGACGAGGUGACCGCCAGUGUCGCUGGUCAGGACCCCGCCAGCAGCCACCAGAAUGGCGAUUCCAUCCCCGCUGUGGGGGGCACAAGCGACCCGUUCAUCAGCGUCCCCUCAAGGCCUGAGCAGGAGCCAGUGGCGGACAGUUUCCAGGGCUCACCCGUGCUCUCCCUAUCCGAGCUGUCCAAGGCUCCUCUCCACAAUGGGCCCCCCGUACCCCUACCCACGCCGGAGGGCUCCAGCAGCCGCCUGUCUCCACCCAACGUCUCUGCACUGCUGGACAUCUCCCUGCCCGGGCCACCCGAGGACGUGCUCUCGCAGGGCGAGCCCGCCACGCACAUCAGCGACUCCAUCAUCGAGAUUGCCAUCAGCUCCGGCCAGUACGGCGAGGGAGUCCCUCUUUCUCCGGCAAAACUGAACGGCAGCGACAGCUCCAAGAGUCUUCCCUCCCCAUCCAGCAGCCCCCAGCCCGACUGGAUCGCCUCCCCAACCCACGACCCACAGUGGUGCCCCAGCGACCCCACGGACUCGUCGCUCAGCAGCUUGUUUGCAAGCUUCAUCUCCCCAGAGAAGAGCCGGAAGAUGCUGCCACCCCCAUCAGGGACCCACAGCGGCACGUCCCUGCUGGGCCCCAGCUUGCUGGAUGGCAACUCGAGAGACUCGUUUGUGUCCCGGUCCCUGGCUGAUGUCGCUGAGGUUGUGGACUCCCAGCUGGCGUGCAUGAUGAAUGAAAACAGCAUCGAUUACAUAUCUCGAUUCAACGAUUUGGCCCAAGAGCUGUCCAUCGCCGAGCCCAGCCGCCGAGAGGCUCUGUUUGAUGGCAGCGGAGGCGGCCCCCCUGUCGGUGACCUGUCCCAGUGACCACACCUCAUCCCUGGUGGGGCAUCCUGGAGGCUGCAGAGGAGGGCUGGUGGUCCCCCGCGGUGGUAGGAGCAGCUCUCUACAGGCUGGAGAAAACAAGCCCAGGAGCCCCCUGGAGAUGAUCUGAACAGAGGAACCUCUGUGCCCCAGAAUGUGCACCAGGCAGGAAACCGUGUCCCAAAGGGCAGAGGGCUGUGGUGGCCUAGGAGACCAGGACGGCUUCUCUAGGAGGGCC